AUGGAAGGCAAGUUCCGAGGAACUCUGAGUGGGAAACUUCGUGCAUGCUUAGGAUGCUCUCAAAUAAAGACAUUGAAUGGGUUUAGGAAGGACGGAUGUGAGAAUUGCCCGAUGCUGGGCAUGAAGGGGAAUAUUGCAAAUGUUAACGAGUGCACUUCAAGCAAUUUCAAAGGAGUCGUGGCUCUUUUGCAGCCGUCCAACAGCUGGAUCGGAAAGUGGCAAAGAAUAGGGGAGUUUAAGAAAGGACUUUAUGCAAUGGUUAUUGAAGGAGUUCUCUCCGAAGACUUCAUUAAGGAUAUCGAACAGCAUGGAAGAGUUUAUUAUGAAAGAUCGGAAUCCUUUAGGUUGUAA